AUGUGCAAGUCUGACACCUACGUCCUGGACCCAAGCUUCGAUCCGGAGGCCUUCGUAGCAGAUCUCAAGGCAGCAAAGGCGGCCGUGGGCGAUGCGACCGAAGAGGACGCGUGCCAUCUGCAGGGUCUAGUGCUGACUUCACGGGUCUUGCUCUACGGUGGCCAUUGCCUGCUGCUGUUGGGCGCAGCGCUGCCCCACUUCGCUUGGCUUGCUUUGACUCUCAGUGCCUGCAUGAUCUCCUUCGCGCGCUGCAUGAACUGGGCCAUUAUCGGUCACCACGUCUCGCACGGAGGCUUUGACAAGCUGCAGAAAACACAUCCCCAUGCCUUGCCAUCUCACUACAAGCGUGGCGUUUUUGCGAUUGGACUUCGCCGCUUUUUGGACUGGAUGGACUGGAUGCUUCCCCAAGCUUGGGAUGUGGAGCACAACAAGGCUCACCAUUACUACCUCUCUGAGGAGAAGGAUCCAGACCUUGUCGAAGAGAACUUCGUGACUCUCAGAUCACUGCAACUUCCCCAGAUCCUGAAGUACGUCUUCAUGCUGUUCUGGACCUUCAACUGGAAGUUUUCCUAUUACUCGCCUAACACCUUCAAGGAGCUGACCUUCUCGAAGCCCGACACUUGGCUGGCCCGGAAUUGGCCGGCCGGAGCAAAGAAGACGGCUCCAGUGUUGGCCUAUGAUUGGAUUCGUCUUCCUGCAGAGGCCCUUCUCAGAGGGCACCUGAUGGAGGCAGCCUAUUGGAUGAUUUUCUUCAUGCACUGGCUUGGAGUUGUGCUGCCCAUGAUGGCAACUGUGGCACUGCCCGGGCUUUGGCCGCUCCUCCUCGGCGAAGCCAAACUGUGGCCCAGCAGCGUCUCGCCCGGCCAGGCCGCAGUGCGAGCACUGCUCACAUCCGUUGCCGCUGACUUCCUGUCCAACGCGCAUUCCUUCGUAAUCAUCGUUUGCAAUCAUGCAGGAGGGGAUCUCUACCGUUACUCGACGUCUUGCAAGGCACAUUCGGCGGAGUUCCUCUUGCGCUGUGCUUAUUCGUCGGCCAAUUUUGAGACAGGUACGGAGUUGAUCGACACCGUCUAUGGUUGGCUGAACUAUCAGGUGGAACACCAUAUGUUCCCAGACAUGACUCCGCUGCAGUACCGCAAGCUCCAGCCGCUGGUAAAGAGCAUAUGCAAAAAACAUAACGUCCAGUAUGUGCAGAUGAACGCGCUGCGUCGCACGUGGAUGAUGUUUCAGGUUGCAGUCGGGGAUGCCGAUAUGAAGCGCUGCACGGCCUUGGUGCCGCCGUGUGCGUACAAGAACUCGGUCGAGACAGACGGGGCUCAGUCGCCGAUUCGAGACAGCUGA